AUCGACUGCGUCUGCGUGACCCGGAAGUGGUCGCGCGUCGGAGCUCAGUGUGGUGACGGCGGCUGCCGGUUGGAGCCUAGGAUCCUGAGCGCGUCUCUAGGAUGAACGCACCUCCGGCUUUCGAGUCGUUCUUGCUCUUCGAGGGCGAGAAGAAAAUCACCAUUAACAAGGACACCAAGGUGCCCAAUGCUUGCCUGUUCACUAUCAACAAAGAAGACCACACUCUGGGGAACAUCAUCAAAUCCCAGCUGUUGAAGGACCCGCAGGUGCUUUUUGCUGGCUACAAAGUCCCUCACCCCUUGGAACACAAGAUCAUCAUUCGUGUGCAGACCACCCCAGACUACAGUCCCCAGGAGGCCUUCACCAAUGCCAUCACAGACCUCAUCAGCGAGCUCUCCCUGCUGGAGGAACGAUUCCGGGUGGCCAUCAAGGACAAGCAAGAAGGAAUUGAGUAGCAGCUAAAAGGAGCAUUGCUUAAUGGCUGGAAGGCUGGUGCGUACAUCCUUUUCAGUGUUCUCCAUGACAACAGCCACCCUCAACUCUC